AGAGUCCAGGAUCCAGUGCGCCGAGGAAACUUGCGGCUAAAGCACGCUGGCAGACGGCAGCGGCACAACCUUCUCCUCCUCAUCAGCCACCGCCCACUCACUUGCUCAGCGCAAAAUCCAAAUCCACCGCACACACAAAACCCUAGGCGCCGGCCCCCAGCGCAGCAGCAUCUCCACCGCCGCCGCCUCCACCUCGUGCUCCCCUCUCCACGCCUCGCGGGAUGGAGCACGACGCGCACGCCGCCCAGGAGGGUUCCACCGUCGAUGACUGGGCGCGCGACGACGCGGAGCCCAUGCCCGUGGACUCCGGCGCUGCCCCCGUGGAGGAGGCCGCAGCGGAUGCUACUGAUGCCCCGCCCGCGCCCCCGGCAGAAGGUGUCAAGGAAAUUCAGUCAUCUCUUCAGUCCUUGGAGCUUAAGACAAAUGUUGCUGCAAAUGAAGAUGCUCAUGAGGUAGAAGAUGUGAUAGAGGAAAGAAAGCGGCACUUGAAUGUGGUUUUCAUUGGUCAUGUUGAUGCUGGAAAAUCAACUGCUGGAGGGCAGAUAUUGUUCUUGAGUGGUCAAGUUGAUGAUAGGACCAUCCAGAAAUAUGAGAAGGAAGCGAAGGAUAAAAGCCGAGAAAGUUGGUACAUGGCUUACAUUAUGGACACAAAUGAGGAAGAGCGAGUUAAGGGAAAGACUGUUGAAGUUGGUAGAGCCCACUUCGAGACAGAUAACACACGAUUCACUAUUUUAGAUGCACCGGGUCACAAAAGUUAUGUUCCAAAUAUGAUAAGUGGUGCAUCGCAAGCUGACAUUGGUGUUCUGGUCAUAUCAGCUCGAAAAGGUGAAUUUGAAACUGGUUAUGAAAGAGGAGGGCAGACCCGUGAACAUGUACUACUUGCAAAAACUUUAGGUGUUGCUAAGCUGAUAGUUGUCAUCAAUAAGAUGGAUGAACCUACUGUAAAAUGGUCUAAGGAAAGAUAUGAUGAGAUUGAAGGAAAAAUGGCUCCUUUCCUCAAAUCUUCAGGGUACAAUGUUAAGAAAGAUGUGCAAUUCUUGCCAAUAUCUGGUCUUAUGGGAACAAAUAUGAAGACUAGGAUGGAUAAAAGCAUUUGUAGUUGGUGGGAUGGCCCAUGUCUUUUUGAAGUUUUGGACCGUAUCGAAGUUCCUUUACGUGACCCCAAAGGUCCAGUAAGGAUGCCAAUAAUUGAUAAGUAUAAAGAUAUGGGCACUGUUGUGAUGGGGAAAUUAGAGUCCGGUAGUAUCAGAGAGGGUGACAGUUUGUUGGUUAUGCCAAACAAGUCCCAUGUGAAAGUCAUUGGUAUAAUGUUGGAUGAGAGCAAAGUACGUCGUGCUGGACCUGCGGAGAAUGUCCGUGUCAAAUUAUCGGGAAUUGAAGAAGAGGAUAUAAUGGCUGGUUUUGUACUUUCCAGUGUUGCUAAUCCUGUCGGUGCUGUGACUGAAUUUAACGCUCAAUUGCAGAUUCUAGAGUUGCUUGACAAUGCUAUUUUCACUGCGGGCUACAAAGCAGUGUUGCAUAUCCACUCUGUUGUUGAGGAAUGUGAGAUUGUUGAUCUCAUAGAGGAAAUUGACAUGAAGAAAAAGAAAGAAGCAGGUCCAAAGAAGAAGCCAAAGAGGAAGCCUCUUUUUGUGAAGAAUGGUGCGGUUGUUGUUUGCCGCAUUCAGGUGAAUAAUUUGAUAUGCAUAGAGAACUUCUCUGAUUUUCCUCAGCUUGGAAGGUUUACACUUCGAACUGAAGGAAAGACAGUAGCUGUAGGGAAAGUUGUUGCAGUUCCCCCUGCUGGCAACCCAACAUUUUAAGCUUAACCAAUUUUGAACAGGAUGGAGAAUGAAGCGGUGCUGUCCCUUAAGAGUUUUUGGAAUAUGUGAGAUUGGUUGUGGAGCAUACAUUUUUUUCCCAGCCCGGCUUGAAAAUCGUCAAUGAUUUAGGCAUAGCGGUCAAUAUUUAGAUGGGUUGCAUAAUUUACAGUUCUGGUUACUGGUAAGAGGUUGUAAAAUCGUUAUGGAUAAAGUGCACCAACCUUCUAAUUGUGAUGUUGUUACUUGUGCGUAAAAUGUUAUGACUACCCAGUUUUCGUGUGAAAUUGAGGAUUUGAUGGCCCCAAGUGUGCAGGUUACCUAA